AUGUCAAAACCUAAAAAGCCACCCGCAUCUCGCGGGCCACCGCGCAGAGAUGUUCUGGCGUCUCUCAAAAUGGCUUCUAUGGAGAUUAUUGUUCCCGUUUUACCUGCAGAAUUAAUGUCGCAGGUCCUCGAUUAUGUCGAUCCGGUUGAUCUCGUACGUGUCGCCCAAACCUCGAAACGCAUGCGCGAAAUGGUAUAUGAGGAUGCGAGAUGGGUUACAAGGUUAAAACGGAUAGGUUGCUGGAAUGAAGAAGAAGCUAGGCAGCAUGCAGAAACCGCAACACCUACAAUUCCUGCAGCUGUAUACGGGAGACGACGAUCAAGCGCUCACAAAAAACCAGCAGACGGGUUCGAUACUAUACCCACAUCAUCAGGUGCAACAAAAGAGGCUGAAGGUUCGGUUCAAGAGGACGAGACGCUUGACAUUUUGCGGCAUAUCAAAUCGAUACGUGGAAAGGCACGCCAGGAAUAUGGCCGGGUCCAUGCCGCGUUGGCACCAUUGUAUAAUGACAUCGCAACGAGUGGAGGAUCUACAGACAGCUUGGUUUUCAAACGAUAUACCGACCCAGAAAGCCAGGCUAAAAUGCUCGCUCAGAUUUUGAAAUUUGCUGAAAGCGACACCUCGGACGGAUGGGCUCAUCGCGAAAUACGUCUUCAGGAAGCAAUACAGCUGUUUGAGACGGCUGCGAUUCGCGAGUUUCGCAAUGCAUACGAGGCAUCUGACAUUAACGGCGAAAUGCGAAAAUAUGCCCACGUCUUGUGGUAUCUCAAUGGCGGACAGUCUGCCAUCGAUUUUUUCCUUCACCACAAUCAUAUCAUCACACGAAAGGGUGAGCUCGGUAGAGUUUCAGACUGUAUAGAUCCAGAGACUUUGGAAGUUAAAGUGGAGCAUACACAAGCAUUUUUCACACGAUUCGGAGUUGCCUUCAACGAAGAAAUCGAGGCCAUCAACGGCGCAUUUCCAAAAGAUCUAGAGGUAACAAUGCCUUUUCUCGACAAAGCAAGCGUCAGCGUUUUAUCACCUUUUCUGACAAGCCUCUUUGACGAAUUACAUCGAAGCAACAUCGAAAGUUAUCUCAAAGCUGUUUCUGGCACAUUCGCACAAUGUUUGAAUCUUUUCACAGAUUUGAAAAUACCUCUGGCGCCUGGUGUGAGCAAGGAAAACACGAUAACCCGUGCCAUGGCCCAAAUAUUUGAGCCUCAUUUAGAUCUUUACCUCGCGGAAGAGCUCGACUUCUUCCGUAAAGGCUGUGAUGCCACCGUCGAUGAUUGGGAUCGACAAUUAUCCGAACAAGCGGCAUCUACAGAAUCGUUUCUCAUGUCCAAUGUGAAUCGACAAGCUGCCAAGAACGAUUUCCUGACGUCUUUCAAAAAAGUGCUCAUGAUGCCAGUUACCAUUCUACCUCUACCGAGCUUCAACAAGUCUCACAAAGAUGGUGGAGAUAUUUCCGAAGCCGACAACGCAGCGGUACAUAACAAGAGUACAGCAAGAUUCUCGACGGUGUCUCCAGUCCCUGCUACCUUGUCCUUGUCCGAGGCACCAUCCGAUGAGUUGGCUGCAAAGGCCGCCUUGAUGAAUACAAGAUUAGAAGGCAUCAAAUCAUUGUUUAGCAUAGAGGUUGCUCUUGGCUUAGUUCAUGCGGCAAAGACCAGUCUUGAACGCACAAUACAAUUUGUUAAGCUGGGAGGCGAUUGGGGGAAUACCGCCAAACAACAAUGCGAGGGUAUAUUUAUUUCCUUACUUGAAAUCCUCGGUCAUCGGCAUGUCAUUAGAGGAAUGAGCAAAGCUGUUGACCAUUUAUCAAACUAUCGACCGCGCGAACAGGGUGAACGAGACAGGAAUGGGGUAGAACCUCUAGUGACGUUCUUGGAACUUGUGAACGUCGGCGAUCUUAUUUUACAAAUGAUGGAUGUCUUCUACGAACAAGAACUUAUUGGCGCGAAACUCAUCGAUCGCAGUGACUUUCUUGACCCGGCGGCAAAAGGCAAGAAGAAAUUCGAGCAAAGACUCGAUGAAUGUGUGGCAUCUGGCUUGAAUAAGGGCAUCGAUGUGCUCAUGGAGGAAGUAGACUAUAUUCUCGCCACGAAACAGUUGACAACUGAUUAUAACCCGGAAGCCGACAUUGACGCUGGGCGAAAAGUACCCGAUAUUGGUGUCAGUGAUGCAGCGGUCGGUGUGAUUGAUGUCGUUUCGUCGCAUACUUCCAUGCUUAUUGGCAGCACGGAUAAAAGUACACUUGAUGUGUUCAAUCAAGAAGUCGGGCUCAGGCUUUUUGCAGCCAUUUGCAAGCAUCUCAAACGGCAACGGAUCAGCGUCGACGGGUCACUCAAACUGAUCAGUGAUAUGAACCAUUAUUUCAAGUUCGUCCAGAACCUCAAAAAUAACGAACUUCUACUCUACUUCAAAGCGCUCCGAGAGCUCUCACAGAUCUACCUGGUUGACCCAUCCGACGCCAAAGAGCUCGCAUCCGUCAUUGCCGAUAAUGACCGAUUUUACGGUAUUUUCCGUGCCGAAGAGGUCUAUGAAUUUGCAGAACGGCGAGCAGAUUGGUUCCAGGUUCGCCGCGACGUUGAGCGAGCCAUGUACGGGCUGGAAUGUAAUGUGAUGUGA